ACCUUAAGUGUCGGAGAAGACAACUUUAGUCGCGUUGUGUUUAUAGUUUAUGGUUUACUCCUGGUUUACCAACGUAACAGUGGCGACAACGAGUCAACGACUAUUACUUUAAACUAUAUUUGUAGUAGUUCAGUUCAAAAUCAGUAAAUUUAUCUGCAGGUGAAAUAGUAUUAAUAUAAUAUAUAGUUAUUUUUAAUCAAUUAUAAUAAUUAUAAAAAGAACCUGACUAAAAUGCGAUACGCCGUAAAUUUUGCUGAGAGGGAGAGGUAGUAACUUUAACUUUAGUAGUAAGUCAGUGAUUGUGAAAGUGUAAGCUGCUGCGUAAGUACUGUAAGAAGUGUUAGUGUAGUCGUAAUAGUAGUGUUUAGGCUCUCACUCUAAAUUAUAAAGAAGUGUCUAUAUGAUGUCCUGCUUUUUCUGUUUAUCAAACCUUUGUCACGUAGUCACGUAGUGUAUCCAAAUAUAGCACCAAUUGAUUAAUUGAACAAACAAGGAAUAUGUUUUUAAUAAUUUUUAUUUUAAAAUAGUGAUAGUGAAAUGUGAUGAUAUUGAUAAUCUAAUGGUAAUAGAAAAAAAAACAUAGGGGUAAUAUGACAGUGUUAUAUAAAAGUAACAAUAAAAAUAUAAAAAAUCCAAUCAAGAUUAAGGUACUUUUUUCAGCAAAUAAGCCUUAUUAUUAUAUAUCCAAGUAUGAGUAAGGUUUUGUUGCAAUAAUAGUGUAUUUGACUAUUAUUGCAACAAAACAUUCAAUAGCUCAAGAAAUCGCUAAGUUAUGAAUUUUUUCUCAACACAAGUGCCUUGAAUAAAUGUUUCAAAAGUUAAAUGUUAAUAAUAAAAUAUAUCUAUGCUGGUAUGGUACACAUAUUUACAAACAUAUAAACAAAUAAGGCCAUCAUUUUGAGUGAAAGGCCCUGAAGCAUAAUUUAGGAUGAAGGUGAUGUUUGGCCUCACAACCAGUGCAAUAAAAGUGUGUGAAGUAUCCGUUUAGUAGUAGUAGGAGGUGGUAACGCAACACCAUUCCUCCGGAGUGGAAGCAAACCCACCCAGACCCUCUGGGAAAGUCGGCUGCGAACUUUUUAAACGCAACAUUUUGGUCAAUCGGACGUGUCCAGGCGGUUGGUUCCCAGUGUGCUUCCAUGCGGUCUGGUGGCGAGGAGACCCGGCAGCGACCCGUUUGGAGGUGUGCUGUGGGGGGGGGGGGGGUUAAGAGCUCACAUAGCUCGACGGCCCACCAACACCAUUUCCCAAUGUAACGUAUUUAGUAGUAUGUUACAUUAAGAAAUGGCGUUAGCAGGGCGAGUCUAGACUCUUAUGCCCCUCCCAAAUUACCCCUCCCCGGUCCGACGUAUCGGGCCGCGGAGCGGCACGUUGGAGAUGCCCACUCGUCAGGACGGCCCCCACACGGGCCCCUCACCCAAGUCCCCCGCUUGGGCGCUCGACCAGGACCCCGCCUGGGGGCCACCCCAACCAGGGGGCACCCGGUCGAUCCGACACUAUGCGUUUAAACAGUGCACUCGAUCGACUUUCUCAGGAGUUGGGAUGGAAAAAUUUACGUCCUAAUAUCUUCCCCCACCCAUCCCGGGAAAGUGUCGGACGCCCUAUAAGAGGGAUUCCACUGUGGGCUUCCACAACACGACUAGUUCACGCUGUAGCUGGGACGAAACGGUUGCGAUUCAUGUGUCCUCUCAAGGCAGCCUUUCUCUGGGCCCUCCCCUUGUGUUCUUACCACUGAGUCACAUGCUACAUUGCCAAUUAGCUGACGUAUCAAUGUAAGUUCAUAGUACUUCAUAUUCAUUCUGUUUUGAUCUGCUGCUUGGCAUAUCCGGUAGUGAAAACAAAAUUUAGGAAUUCUUCUGGGUGACUUCCUACAACCAGAAAAAAAUCUUCUUCCACCAUUUUAUGGUUUUUCGAUCAUAGAAGGAGUAUGUUACUUUCUGAUCUAGCUUAUCACAGCCAUUCAUUUUUUAAUUGUAAAUGUGAAUCAUUUCAGGUUUGUCCAUUUUCUUAGUUUCGGUAGUACGUACCCUUGCAUCAAUUGACACUGGUAUAACAUUCUUUUUGGCCUUUUUAACUCUUAAUUCAACACAAAGCAUGCUUUUUGUGCUGUUUUGGUACCAUUUCAUUUCUUGGUGUUGUAAAGAUAAAGACAUUGCCUAGGCGUAACUGUAGAACUAGGUCCAGUUGGUGAAAUAGAUGUGAUGCCAUCAUUUCCUUUCCCAUUUCCCUUGCCUAAUUUUGGUCUCUUUGUGGCUGAAGGAAUAUUCCUCAUCACUUCUUCCGACAGCAAUCUAUCGUCCGAAUCCUCUUCAUUGUUUUCAUUCGAAUCCAAUGAAUCAUCCAAGCUAAUUAAUUGGCUUGCUUCUUCGGAAGUCAUAUAUCUAAAUCUUUAGUGAGCAGACUUAAUAUUAGUAUCAGUAUAACUUGUGGAAGCCAUAAACAAUCAGCUGUUUGUUUACCAUUUUUAAAAUGUGCAAAAAAAACAAUGCAAAAAAUAUGUGGUUUAAUCGCCUAGAAAUUUCACAGAAAGGAAUUUGAAAAUCUUCUAAAAAAAAAAGUUUAGAAAGCUAUAAAGCUGCUGCAAAACAUAUUGAAUGUAAUGUUUUUAAUUAUUUUAAAAUACUAUAGACCUAAGUAAGUAGAUUUGUUUUAGGCUUAGACUUCUAAUCUCUAUUUUAUUAGAAUGGUAAAUUUGCGUUCUGCGCACCCCUCAUUUCCCAAGGCCGCCACCUUGGUUGCCAAGACGUAAGCUUAUCCGGAAAUUUGAUUGAAAGAAAUUUCGUAGAAGGUAAAAUGAUCGACAGUAUUAUGAUCGAACGGAAAUUUGGUCGAAAUUUUUUUUCAGUUUUUACAUUAAAAUAUUGCUUCAAAUUUCUUUUUGCACGCAUUAUUUUGUUUUACUAUAUAGUAUAGUGUGUUCAAAAAGAAAUUUUACUAAAAUUUUAACGUGUGAACUGAAAAAAAGAUCCGGUCAAUUUCCGUCAAUCAAUUUACCGUUGACCAAAUUUCUUUCGAUCAAUUUCGGAUAACCUGACGUAAGACAUGUCAUGGCAAACGCAUGUCUGUUUUAGCUACUUACAGAGAGAAAUGAAAAUAGUAACAAAACGUUAUAAUUUAAUGAAAUAAUUUUUUUGAGGAAUAUCUUCAAUUGCCUCGUUUCCGGGCAUGAUUUCAUCUGGUACAUUUAUUUCAUGGCGAAAGUAGCAAUCACUCACUUCACUCAACCAAAAUGUGUGCUACAGUAACACACUGUGAUGAAAAAAGUGUAAAAAUGAAGAAAAACGAUAAAAAGCAUUUUUAAAAUAAUGAAAACCCAACUGUUUCAUCGAAUACACUUUUACACUAAAAAUAAUAUCCAAAAGUUGUCUAUACCCAUUCCAUGAUGCCGUAAAAAUUUAGUCAAGUUAUAAAUAUUAUACCUCUCAAUGAAAUAUUAGCAACAUUCCCUGGGCGUAUCAAUAUUAAAAAAAGAAAAGUUAACUCUAGUAACAAUAAAAAAAUAAACAAAAAAUAAACAAACGAGGGAGAAUCCUACACAGAAACUCAAAGUGGCGCGCAGAAUGUUAAUAAGCCAUUAUUAUUACUAUUAUUAUUAACAAGCCUAACUUUUUGUAAAUUAUUUCAAUAUUUUUUAGGCCUAGGCCCCACUUACUUUUUAAUUGUUUAGUUUGACUUGAGUCUUGAAUUAACUCUUACUUUUAUUUUUUUUAAACCCUAUAUUGAGUAGCACCAGAAGCAGAUACACGAUGGGUAGCGAGUAGAGCAUGAAGCACUCUGCCCUAAGCAUAAAACAUUAAAACACAAUGGGUGGUAGAAUGCAUUUCUGCCUUACUUACAUAGGCCUAAGUUACUCCAUUAAGCCUAAAUCAGAUUAAAUGUAGCAUUAGCUGCUUCUACAAAACAAAACAAAAAAGGGAGGGGGGGUGUACAUAAAAAUAAUACAGUUUUAGUUUUAAAGAGCAUUUUUGACUUAAGAUUGAAAAAAUGAAACAAAAAUCAACUAGCUUAACCUACUACUGCUAACCUACAUUGAGCCUAAACUUCCUCUCCCGCCUAACCAAAGUGAUAUUACUCUGUUUCAAUAUUUGUUUGACCUUGCUGUUUUACAAACAAGCAAGUAAGACCUUAUUUACUGCUGAUAAAUGACAAAUAAAACAUAAGGCUGAGAGUAAAAUUGAGCGCAGCAGCUGUGGUGUAUCUCUUAGAUAUGAACCCCUUUCAUCACAUAGUUGUGUUGUUUUUUACGCACUGCACAGCAAUUCUGUACAUUUAUUAAAAAUGUCAAUAUUAUUUUAGAUUUAUUUCUGAAGACAGUUGCUUGAUGUAGGGGAUAGGGCAAAAAGUGAGGCAUAUUAUUAAAUAUUAGUGUCUGACAAGCUUUUGUAGGCCAAUAUAGACUACUAUUGAAAAUCAAUUUAAUAAGUUUUUUUUUUUUUUUUCUACACUUCACAGGCUGUCAAAGAUCUUUCCCAUUGUGUCUAGGCUAUAAAGAAUGGAAAUGAUACGAAAUGAUAGUGCAUCUGCCAUCUCAUCACUCCAAAUGGACUAUGGAGACUCUGAUGAAGAAGAAAAUGAUUCUAGAAAUAAUUCAAGAAUUAACCCUGAAGAGGUUAUUGUUACUAAUGAAGAGUCUAGCACACAAGAUCUUAAUUCAAGAGAGACAAUACAUUCAGAGCAAGAUUUUCACAUGGCUGAUAUAAUUAUUGAUGAAAAAGGCGUGCCUUUGGCAGAUUAUGAAAAAGACAUUGAUGAAAAAACUGAUAAAAAGAGAGAGUUAGAAAUAAGUCCUGUUGAACUUAUCUCAGAUGAUGAAGAUGGUCACCAUUCAAACAAAAUAAAUCAGCAUCAUCAUUCACCUAUUGUCCCAGAUGAUAUACGUAAACAGGCAGUUAGUGAAGCUAUUAACACAGACUCGCCAUCAAGUCAAGGAUCUCUGAAGCCAGGAAAGAAAGGUUAGUGGCAAUUUAACUUUGUCAUACAAUUUUUUUCAAAAGUCCAAAUUUUAAGUUGCACAUCAAUUCAAUCAUAGCACACAUUUAUUCUUUUAUUUUUUUUUAAUUUUCUAUUUUUGAAAUGUAUUUUUUUCCAAUAUCUUGACAUUUAGGUUAAAUAAGCUAUAGCAAUGCAAUUGUUCAGUGCUCUCUAAUUUAUCUCAUUUAGCUACUCGCCUGGUAUCAUAUGGUCCAGAUGAAGAUGUGGAUGAAAGUUCAACAAGUGAAGAAGAUGAAAUAGAUGACAACCAAGAAGUAAGCCAAUGUCAAGUGCUAUGUUACAUAACUAACUUGGUUCAAUCGAUAUCUAGUUAAUACAUCAUGAAGAAGCUAUGCCAUUUAAGCAGUGUGUAAGCACAUAUAUUUAUGUUUUGAAUUUUUUCGUUUCAGAAAUAAGAACUACACAAAUAAUCAUCACUCUUUUUUCAUUUAGGUAGUAACAUUUGUAUUUAAUUAUCAAAGUUUUAAUACAUUUUCAAUAAUAUUUAUAUUCUACAUUAUCUUUCAUCAGCCCAGUGAUUCUGCAAGUCCAGAACUCACUUCAACGGAUGCUUGUAAGUUUCACGCAGUAAUUUUUUAAAACAAAGUUUUCAGUUCUAAAAGACUUUUUAAUUGAUAUUUUGAUUCGUUUCUCACCCUGUAUUUAAUAUCAUUAUUUGUAUGUUAGCUUUGAAAUGUUACUCCCAUUUUUAUCAGCAUUGUAAACUUCAAAACUGACUUAAACAGAAACAAUGAGUUUUUUGUUUUUUUAAAAGUAUAUUUGAUUGUUUUAUUUUUAAAGACAUGAUUUAACAAUAACUGCAGUUGUAUAUUUUAUUAAAUUUUAUAGCCUUUCAAGAAACUGAAAACAAAUCAAAUGUUAAAAAUAAUAAAUGAACAAUUAGACACAGAGCUUUUUCCAGAUAAAAUAUUAUUAUCAAGUUUGAUUCCAUAAAUAUUAUUGCAGCCAUUUUAUCUCGAAGUGUCCUGAACAUGGCCAGUGAUGAUAUUAAAAUUCCCCCUGAGCCACCAGGACCAUGUUCUGUGCAAUUACAGGUAAGCUAAGUUUUUGUUUAAUUGUGACAAUUUACUUUUUCGAAAAUACAGAUUUCAAGUAAUCACGACUAUGGCAUAUUAGCCCAAUCAGACGGUGACCACAAGAAUCCAAAGCUAUUUUAAAAUUUUGUUAACCAACUGUUAGUGACAAUGUGUCCUAAUAAAUUAUUGUUGUGUCCCAAUUUAUCAGAUUCUCACUGAAAUUCUACUGAAUAUUAUUAACAUAGUAAGCUAUCAAAAUGACAAGAUAGGCAUCAACAACACAUCAAAGCAAGUGAUGCAAUAAGGUUAAUGAAUGGCUGUAAAUAUAUGCUGCUUGGGUGUGUUAAAUUAUCCAUUAAAGAAGAAAUAUUGUCAAAAAGUUUUGUUAGAGGAUUUCCUGUUUCAUGUUUCUUUAGAAAACAAUUAAAGAAUACUAUGAGCGCAUGAGACGAGAAGGGCUAGACAUGAACAGAUCUAUACAGAGCAAGAAAACAUUUAGGAAUCCUAGGUUGGUAGAUUUGCUGCUCAUUAAAAUAAAGUAAUGUACUGACAUUGAAGUCUUAUACAAAUUGGAUCAUUUUAGUUUGUACCUUUAGUUUUUUACAUCUGACCAAAACAAAUUGAAUUGUUAUAUUUUAAGGGAGCAUUGUAAAUGAUUUUUUUUUUGCCCAUUGUUACUCUAUACACUAAAAAUGACAACUGAUUUAUCUCUUAUAAUUAUUUCACAGCAUAUAUGAUAAGUUGAUUGAUUUUUGUCAUAUUGAUGAGAAAGGCACUAAUUUUCCACCGGUAAGAAAAAAUAACUACUAACUGCUUAAAAUGAUUGUAGGCUUUAAUAAUUUUACCUACUUUUUAAAAGAAAAAAUUAAAUAAUUUCCCAAUACUGUGAGUGAAGCAGCAAAUAUUCCUCAUGUCAAGACAUUUUAAUGGAUUAUUGUUUAAAGUUAUACAUUUGUUAAUUUGGGGUUUGUAUGAACUGUAUAAUUUGUUAAGUUUUUGGUUGACUCUGUGGAAAUCCAUUCCACACAAACUUGAUCAUUUUAAAAUCUAUACCUCCAUUCUUAGCAUUCUGUGAAGUUCUUUGCAACAGCCUUUUUUAAUGUAGAAAAUCCAAUUUAAUUAUGUGAUACAACAAUAUUAUAUCUUGCAGUAGUUAACACACACAAAAUAGUGGCCUUAUUAUAAUAAUAUUGAACUGACAUUAGCCUCAUGGGCUUUGAUUGGGAUGUCAAAUUUUAACUCAGAUGCUACCUUAUCACCUUAAAGUUCUCGGUUGAUCAUGUGUUACAUUAAAAUGUAGAACAGUUGAAAAAUGUUGCUUCCAUUUAGCUUAAUAAUAAUUGACAUCUAAAAGGAAAAUAAUUUUUCUUGCAGGAAAUAUAUGACCCUCAUAUAUGGGGAAAGGAGUCUUUCUAUGAUGAACUUGGUAAGGUUUAGGGUUUUUAAAUAAUUUUUUUGUUAAACUGGUUUCAAGGUCAUAUAUUUUUUUUUCACAUUUAAGAAUAAAUGCACUAUCAAUAUGUUGGAAUGACUAAAUUCAUUUGAGGAAAAUAAUUUAAAAAAUAAAACCAUUUGUUUGUAUUGAAUUUAUAGUUUAAACAAAAUUAUUCCCUAUUAUUUAACAGUUUGAACUGCAUUGGUGGAAAUAUUUUGUUUUGUUGUCUUACCAAACCAAACAGAUAAAAUACAAAGAAAAGAUAUGGAGAGGCGAGAGAAGGAAAAAAAGGAAAGAACCAAAGUGAGUAUUGCUUUUAUUGAGAAAGUGUCUUCACUGAAUGAUUUAUGUUCCAAGUGAUAAUGAGACCAGUGGUAUGACAUUAUAUAUAUUUCUUUACUGCAUUUACCUUUUUAAAAAGAAAACAAAACAAUCCGAGCCCGAGUGGUGAAUUCUAAAAAAGAAAAGUUGGAAGAAACCAUUUUAGAUGCACUGCGUACACAUUACACUAUAAACAAUUGUAUUCCUUUUAAAGUGAUGUACCAGUACUAUUUGGCACCAUGUAUCCCUCUUCCCACAUACAUGUUUGCCAGGGUUUUUUGUGCAAGAAAACUUCCUUGCUGAGUUUAAAUUCCACUUAGCUGUUUGCCAAUAGCUGAGGAAGGCCACCUGACAAAGUUCACACCUGGUACUUAUGGGUAUAACAGUAGGGCAGGCAUACUAUCAUUGCAUCAAAAUCAAAGCUUUAUUUUAUCAUUAGUUAUGUUAAUGAACUUAAUGUCACUUAUUUCAUUCCUUUUUUUUUUUCUUCUGUACAGAUUGAAUUUUUAACAGGAACCAAGAAACCAGCAUCAGUAGAUGGUAGUUUAGGACCUUCAGGUUAGUGUUUGGAAAGCUAAAAGAAAUUUAUUUUAAAAAUAUUUUUUGUGCUAAAUUUUUAAUUUUUCUCAAUCAAUGUCCAGUAACUUAUGGCCAAUAGAACUUGUAAUAUAUGAUAUGAGUUUUUGAUAAAUUUUAUUUCUUAUGAUAUUUUUUAUACCGGUCUCUUUUGUAGAUGAAAAAAAGAGAAAGACAAAAUGGGAUGCCCAGCCAGCAGGAAUGAUCCAUGUUUCAAAAAUACCCUCAGCUUCUCAAAACCCAGGUGUUGUCAAUCUCACAGCAAUGGCUACUGGUACCAAAGCCACGAUCAUUCCAGCAGUUGGUUCUUUGUCUAAAAAAACAUCAUCAUCAUCAUCUGGAAAAUAAAUGUAUCAUUUAAAAUAGAACUCUAAAGUGCAUUUCAUAUGAUGUAAUAUUAUGUUUAAAAAUGAAGCUGUUUAAAAAGUGUAACAGUAAAUUCAGUAAUGGAUGUUGUUGAAUGUUUUCCUAAAUGCAAUAUCAUUCGAAUGUAGAGAAAGAAAUUUGUACAUAUUUAAUUUCUGAUAAAUAAAAUAUUAUGUAUUCCAUUAGUAGUAUUAGGUAAAGAAAAGUUUAGAAAUGUCUUAUCAUUGUUACAAAUUUUAAUGAUUUUCUGCAUUUUUGUUUUGAAAAUAUAUGAUAAAGUAAAACUUAAUCAAGAUUCAUUCUAAUUUUGUCUUCACAACCUUUUUUAAGCUCCAACCUUAGCCUGAAUGGUGGUGAUUACAAGAUUCAAAAUUGAGUUUUAAAAUAUUGAUUUAAAUUUAAUACUUAAGGAGAAAGGAAGAUUUUUGCUUUAAAAAAAAAUUAUUUAAAAUUAUUUAUUUCGUAAGUUUCAUUUCACGUAACUGCUGGUAACACUUAAUGACUCAAGGUAUAUUUAGAGUAGAGUUAGUCUUCCUUCUAUAUUUUCAGUAACUGACUUCCCUCAAUUUCAAAAUGGCAUCAUGUGUAUGCUAAUGUAAUUUUUUCUUUGUUGCAUUUUGUAUCAACAAACACACAUGCGCACC